AUAAGGGAGAAGAAUCGGAUGAGGAAGCAGAGAAGAUAAAGGAGGGGAGUAUCGAAAAAAGGAAGAGAGUGGUGCACUCCCCCAUGCAGAGCAAGGCUAUAGACAAGUCUCGAACGUGCAACGCCGGAGGAUCGGUCACUGUUCGACAACCGAGGAUUUCCAUAUCCUCCGAUGAGGAAGAUACGAGGUUGAAGAUACGCACCAAGCACGAGUUCCCGACAAACGGUGGCGAUCAGAAACUUGACAAGAUACUGAAUCUGCUCGGAGCGUUAGCCAAGAAAGACUCUGGGAAGAAAGAGAAGACAGGGGAAGAAAUGAAAGAAAAGGGUCGUAAAAAGAAAGGGAAGAUGGUUGUGGAGGACAAAGGGAAAAGUGAAACGAACAAGGGAGAGGUGACGAGCGGAUCGGUGGAGGAGGACGACAAGGAGGAAAAGAAGAAGGAAGGAGACAUAAUCGAGUAUAUGAAAUUAAAACUCGAUUAUUAUAUGGACAUAAGCGUGAAGGAAGUAAAAUCCCUCUGUGUCAAAAGAGGAGGGAAAAUAGGAGGGAAAGAGAGAAAAGAUAAAUGCGCCUGGGAAUUGGCGAAGCAAGACUCGGAGUUGUUCACCAAGUUAGUCAACAAAGAAGAUGGCGAAGAGUUCGAGUCAUCCGAGGAAGAAACACCAGAUGAAGAAUCAAGCGGCAACCGAUCCGACGAUGACGAGGAAUCCCGCGAUGUCGCGGGGAAUUGAUGUCUCCUCUCAACGAGCAUGGCAACGA